AUGAAAGAAGUAUUGGAAAAGUGGAUUAUGUCUGCCCUUUACAUAUGCAAGAACAUUUAUGGUAAAACGCACUCUUUCUUCUUCAAAGGUGUGCCCUCAGUGUUUGUCUCCAAAGAAGCAUGGGAGUGUAGUUCUGUGAAAGAGGUGGCUUGGAAUAUCUUGUCAUUAUCUACAACAACUGGAAUGCUGUUUCUUGAAGUUAGCUUGAUGGCUUUCUUACUCCAAGGAAACUAUGCAAGUGGACAGGAAGCAUUGACGAGGACUUUUGUUGUCUCCGGGCUCAUUGUGGGUUUGGAUAUUCUUCUCAAGGCAAUCUACUUGUUUGGAUUUGGGAUUCCAUUGUUCAUUGAUAAUAAUGACAACACGCGCCGAAUCAAAUGGGGUUUGUGGGUUGUCCACAAGCUACUCCUUACUGCAGUUUAUGGCUUCAUAUUCUUUAUCUACCACUCAAGAUGGAGAGAAAGGUUACCUGCGAGACCUGCAUUUUACAACUACAUCACUGUCAUGUUUUGUUUGAAUGCGACCGCUCUGUUUGCUUGUGUGCUUACUGGAAAUGGGGCUGGGUUGUAUGAUGUCACUGUUAUUUGCUACCAUGCCUUCUAUCUUCCCCUUUUAUAUGUAACCUUUCUCGCAGACUUUUUCCAGGAAGAAGAUUUGCAUUUGGACAAUGUGUACUACUCUGAGAUGAAAGAUGCUGGUUUUUUUGACGUUGAUUGGGAGUGA